CCAUUAAAAAAUAAAAAGUAGACUAGUCAUAUUAAAUCCCACAAUGCCAGAAACCUUCGAACUGCAUGAGUUCGAGGAUGGGACUCGACCUGCUGACGCUCCAAAUCAGUGGCUGGAGAGGGUCAAGCUGCGUUUGAAUCUCCCUUAUUUGGGAAUUAUACUGGCCACCUUAUCCUCGCUAUUCUUCUCGCUAUGCUCGGUGAUAGUCAAGGACCUAGUGGACGUGAAUCCCAUGGAGCUCGCCACCUUUCGCUUCGUAGGCGUGCUUUUACCUGCCAUUCCCAUAGUGAUUUACACCAAGCAACCUGUGUUUCCGGAAGGCAAACGCAUUAUUCUGCUGCUGCGCUGUUUUAUGGGCACAACAGGACUCAUGCUGAGCUUUUAUGCCUUCCGGCAUAUGCCGCUUGCCGAUGCCAGCGUCAUAAUAUUCUCCACGCCUGUGUUCGUCGCCAUCUUUGCACGCGUCUUUCUCAAGGAGCCGUGUAGUCUCUUCAAUGUCGCCACCAUCAACAUGACGCUGGUGGGCGUGGUGCUCAUCACCAGACCACCAUUAAUAUUCGGAGACGAGCAGCCCGCUGAUGCGUAUGAUAACGAGAAAUAUGACUACGAUAUUUGGGGUCCAAUCGCUGCCCUAUCAUCCACGCUCUUCGGUGCCAACGUUUACAUACUGCUGCGUGCUCUCAAAAGUCUGCACUUCUCCGUCAUAAUGACAAACUUUGGAGCUAUAGCACUGAUCUAUACGGCCAUCGUAUGCUUCGCCAUUGGCGCCGUAUGCUGGCCAGCCUGUGGACGUGAUCGCUGGUUGGUUGUCGUGCUUGGCAUCUUUAGUUUUGUGGGGCAAAUCCUCUUGACGCUGUCGCUUCAGGUGGAGCAGGCCGGCCCCGUGUCCCUUGCUCGAUGUGCGGACAUAGUUUUUGCCUUCAUCUGGCAAAUUAUGUUCUUUGGCGAAACCCCCAACGGUUACUCACUACUUGGUGCUUUCUUGGUGAUCACCUCGGUCGUUUUGAAUGGUCUCAAGAAGUGGGCCAUGACGCAGCCAAGGGAAUCAAAGACGCGCAAACGACUGCGACGACUUCUGCUAGAGUAGAUGCUAGAGAAAUGCAUUUAAUAAGCAUUUUGUGGUUUCUUCAAACUAUGCUGUAGUCAGUCCGAAUUAUAAAUAUUAUUCUAAAUAUCACAUAUCUAGACUAUAUCAAAAACUGGGCAACUGGGAACAAUGCUCAAUGGAAAUAUUGAAAAGCUCAGCUUAGUACUAAAACGCAAUAUACGUACGUAUAUAUACACAUAAACACUUCAUACUAUAUGUAUUACUAAUAAUUAGCUCUAUAAGCAAUACAGUUUUAAAGUUUGUGCGUGAUACUCUUUUUAACCAUUAAAACUAAUGGUUCAUAUACAACAUACACUACGUCUAUGAUAAUAUUAAUUUAAACACACAUACACACGUAUAAGUUUUAGUUUAGCCAAAUUCAUUAAGUUGUUGUUUUGUACAUUGUUAUUUAUAC